AUGGCUAAUGUGCCUACGUUAGAAACGCCGAGGAGUGGGGCGGAUACAGGGCGAUCGUUGCCUUUCGAGGUGUUCCCGGCCCGGACAUCGGACCGUUGGGAGUAUCUGAACUCCCAGAAAAUGACAAUCAACACCAGCCGGUUGAUGGCAACGGUUAGUGAUGAAGAUGACGACGAUUCGGCCCGUACAGACCUCGUUCUCGAAGGCGCAGACGACGAAGACUGUGCCCAGAAUAUCUCCGAAGUAGACUCCCUCGAAGACGUAACCCCCCGCAACUACGACCCACUAGAAGAAUACAACGGUGUCCAGGACAGCAGCCGUGGCCGCCGCGGUAGUGCCGGACGAAUUAACACUGACCGGCUUAAUACUGACCUGCCUAACAGUGAUCGGCCCAACAAUUACGGCCCUGACAAGCUAGGGUCGGCCAACGAUAGUCCAAACAACCUGAGCAGCCUUGCCGAUAAGACCAGCGGCCCCAAGACCAGCGGCCCCAAGACCAGCGGUCUCAAGACCAGCGGUCUCAAGACUAGUGGUCUCAAGACUAGUGGUCUCAAGACUAGUGGUCUCAAGACUAGUGGUCCUGAUAACAAGGAUCCAAACGCUAGCGUUCCUAAGAACAAGGGUCCGAAUCGUAAGGAUCUGACAAGUGGUCCAAACAGUAAUGAAGAUCCCGUCAGUUACGAUGCAGCCACGCCGCCGACCAGCAGUCGUCUGGAGCCUGGACCUGGGCCUGCAGUUUUCUCUCCGAGUUCGGAUAGCGUGAGCUCAACGUCGUCCAUGCACCGGAGUCGGCGGAGCGCGGACGACGACGAUGACGACCGCGGUGGUGGCGGCGAUGAAGAAUACCCGGUGGAGACGGGAUCGGAGGAAACGCCAUGCGAAGGUUACAACGAACAGCCCACGGACCCGGAAGAGGACGGCGUUGGUGACCCAGGGGAGACCGGCGAUCGAAGAGGACAGUACGUGCCCGCCACUCCAUCAGGCGGUUCGACUUCUGGAGAUCCGUACACUCGCACGUACCUGGCCGUGUCGCCUUCCGAUUUUUCCGCACGUGAAGCAUCGCACGACCUGUCCACCCGCGAGUUCGGACCUCUCUUCCCGCGACGCGACUCCGAGGAAGCUCGAGACCCUUACGGUCCGACGCGGGGCUUCGGUCCAAAUGUCGACAUUACUGAUGUAACUAACAACACCCGGCCAGCUGGUAGUGUGCGGCCAGCUGGUAGUGUGCGGCCAGCUGGUAGUGCGCGACCAGACGGUGGUGUGCGGCCAACUGGUAGUGUGCGACCAGUCGGGGAGGUCCGAGCAGAGGGUGAAGGCACCGAGGUGGGGGAGCGCGUGGCGUCAUACGACAGCUGUCUGGACCUGGCCAUUCCUGCCGCGUCACUCUUCCCUGAGCACCGGGAGGUCUUUAUGACGCCAAUGGCGGCUGAGCGACGAUCCGCACCGGCAGCAAAGUCGAUUUGUGUGUACACCGUGGCGGAGGUGGUGAGUUCGCACGGCGCGGCCACGAUCCAGGAAGCGGUGAGGACGGCGGGGCCUUCGGCGACGGCAUCUGCGAGUGCUUCAGAGUUUAGCCUCAUGUCAGGUGCUCUUUUGCGCCCGCACAAGAUCGUGACCGUGCUCAACGUCGACGCACGCCCUGCCGGCGCCACCCUCCCCGCUCCUAGUAUACACACCGUCGACCAACUGCCCCCACCACCCACCGAAGACGACAUGUACCAGGUCGAUAAGUACCCGACCGAUAGGUACCCGACCGAUAGGUACCCCACCGAUAGAUACCCGACCGAUAGGUACCCCACCGAUAGAUACCCGACCGAUAGGUACCCGACCGAUAGAUACCCGGCGGAUAGGUACCCGACGAAUAGGUACCCGACGGAUAGAUACCCGAGAAAGUACCAAGACCCCGCCAAGGUGGAGUACCCCGUUCUACCGCCGAAGAAAACCCCCCUCCGAAGGCGCACGCUACCGAGCAGCGCCUCCCUCUACAGCGGUUCACGGAGUGCGUAUCUAGGGGCUCUCAGCGCCCGUGAGACCCCACCCGACUGGACGCGUCUUGCACCCCUGUCGGAGCGAACUCACUUCCCCACCGAGACUGCCUUCCUUCUGGAACCUAUCGCCACCUCCCGCUCUGCGCCUGGUGGCUCAAGGUCUGCAUCCGGCGGGCCACUUCUCAGUGGGCCACAUGUCGCCGGGCCACAACUUCUUGGCGGGCCACUUCUCAGUGCGUCACUUGCUGGCGGAGCUGCCUUUUACGCCGCCCCUUCCGGCGCUGUCCUGGCGCCGGCGAGUUCGAGGUCCACACCGGGCGCGGUUUUUGGCUCCGGCGCGGCCAAGACCUACUCCGGCCGAAGCAUCGCCUCGGCCUCGACGACCAGCUACCUGCCAGCCACCACCUUGGCGCCUCCAGCCCCGUUCCUUCCAGCGUCGUUCACUCCAGCUACGCUCCUUCCGACCACUCAGACUGCCUGCUUUAUGAACAAUUCGCUGCCGUCCGGUUCAGGUCCUUGCAACCCGGUGACCCGGGCUGAAACGCGCCGGCCGGUAGGCGGUUCGCUGUCGGAGGGUUCGCCGUUGAAGCCGAGUUCGGAGUUGAUGAGGCGGUGUGGGAGCAAACGGUCGGUCUCGACGCCUGCGACGUCGCGGAGUAUGCCCGGUCGAACCGGCUACAGUCCGCGUAGUGAAGACCUCACCUCGCCGCGCAUUGCCCACUUCUCGCCACGCGCCGGCAAAUAUAUCGCACCCUUUACGCCCCGGGAAGGGCUCUACAUACCCGCCCGGCAAUCCCCCCGCUAG